CCCCUCAGCCUCGCUGUGGCCUGCGGCUCCCGGGCCGGUAGCGCCGCUCUCGGUCGCGAAGACUGGUGGUGUGGAACCGUGGGUCGCGGGCGCUAGCCGUCGGCCACAGCUCAGCCCAGCGUCGCCGAGGCUGUGAGCCCCGAGCCUCCGCCAUGGACUUCGAAGACGAUUACACACACUCUGCUUGCAGAAAUACUUAUCAGGGCUUUAAUGGAAUGGAUCGUGAUUAUGGCCCCGGAUCUUAUGGAGGGAUGGACCGUGACUAUGGCCAUGGAUCCUAUGGGGGUCAAAGAUCCAUGGACUCCUACCUAAACCAGUCAUAUGGCAUGGACAAUCACAGUGGUGGUGGUGGGGGUAGCAGGUUUGGACCUUAUGAGUCUUACGACUCCAGGUCUUCUCUGGGUGGGCGAGAUCUGUACAGAUCUGGCUAUGGUUUUAAUGAACCCGAACAAAGCCGCUUCGGAGGUAGUUAUGGUGGUCGAUUUGAGAGCUCCUACCGGAAUAGCCUUGACUCUUUCGGAGGUAGAAACCAGGGCGGGUCUAGCUGGGAAGCACCUUACUCCCGUUCAAAAUUGAGGCCUGGGUUUAUGGAGGACAGAGGAAGAGAGAAUUACUCUUCCUACAGCAGUUUUUCUUCACCCCAUAUGAAGCCUGCACCUGUAGGCUCUCGGGGGAGAGGAACGCCUGCUUAUCCUGAAAGUACGUUUGGAAGCAGAAACUAUGAUGCUUUUGGAGGACCAUCAACAGGCAGAGGCCGAGGCCGAGGACAUAUGAGUGAUUUUGGAAGCAUUCAUAGACCUGGAAUUGUUGUUGACUAUCAAAACAAACCCACCAAUGUGACAGUUGCUGCUGCAAGAGGAAUAAAGAGAAAAAUGAUGCAACCAUUUAAUAAGCCCGGUGGAACCUUUAUCAAGAAACCCAAGCUAGCAAAGCCUGUGGAGAAGAUGAGCCUCAGCAAAUCACCCACAAAAACUGAUCCUAAAAAUGAAGAAGAAGAAAAGCGACGAAUUGAGGCUCGGCGAGAGAAACAAAGGCGCAGAAGAGAAAAAAACAGUGAGAAAUAUGGAGAUGGAUACAGAAUGGCAUUCACAUGUUCAUUUUGUAAAUUCCGAACAUUUGAAGAAAAAGAUAUUGAACUACAUUUGGAAAGUCCUUCACACCAGGAAACAUUGGAUCAUAUUCAGAAACAAACCAAAUUUGAUAAAGUAGUUAUGGAGUUUUUACAUGAAUGUAUGGUGAAUAAAUUCAAGAAAACAUCUAUUCGAAAGCAACAGACAAAUAGUCAAACAGAAGUAGUUAAAAUAAUUGAAAAAGAUGUUAUGGAAGGUGUUACUGCAGAUGAUCACAUGAUGAAAGUGGAGACUGUUCACUGCAGUGCGUGCAGUGUGUAUAUUCCUGCUUUGCAUAGUUCAGUGCAGCAGCACUUAAAAUCUCCUGAUCAUAUCAAAGGGAAGCAGGCUUAUAAAGAACAAAUAAAAAGAGAGAGUGUCUUGACUGCUACAAGCAUUUUAAAUAACCCAAUAGUAAAGGCGCGAUAUGAACGUUUUGUUAAGGGUGAGAAUCCUUUUGAAAUUCAAGAUCAUUCUCAGGAUCAACAAAUAGAAGGAGAUGAGGAGGAGGAAGAAAAGAUUGAUGAACCUAUUGAAGAAGAGGAGGAGGAGGAGGAAGAAGAGGAGGAAGUGGGGGAAGUAGAGGAAGUAGAAGAAGUGGAGGAAGCAGAGGAAGUGGGAGAAGGAGGAGGAGUGGAGGGAGCGGGCGACACAGAGGAAGCUGGGGACCAGGAGGCAGUGGGGGAAGGAGAGGCAAAGGGGGAGGAGGAAGGAGGGGGGGAAGGAGAGGAAGUCGAGGAAGAAGCAGCAAAGGAGAAGCCUGUCGACUUCCCUGUUGACCAGCCUGAAGAAAAUUAAAUAUAAGGUAUUAGUCAGAUUUAAAAGAAGCUUUAAAUUUCUCUCAUAAUGUGGAAAAGGGUAAGAAUUUUAAUAGUUUAAAAUAAGAGAGUUAACACCCAUGUUGCAUGCAUUCCACAUGUUCAGAUUUGUUUUAUAUAAUUUCUAAAUGUUUGGCAUUUGUUUAAUAAAAUAAGGGUAAGACUAUUUUAGUUUAGUUUUUAUAGCUACCAACUUAGAUUAGAUAAAUUGUUUGUAUAAUUUUUAAGCUUAAUUUUUAUUACUUUAAUUGGUGUUAAGGAUAACAGAUGUGUAUUGUUAGUAUAUCUAUUCUAAUCAUUUGAACUUAAAUGCUGCUGUUGGGAGUAUAUAUUCAAGUGUGCAUUAAUGUUUUCAAUACUUACCCUAGAAGAGAUAAAUUGGGCAAGUAUUUUGUGCUCUGUGUAUUUUUUUACUGCAUUGGACAUUGAAUAGUAAUUUGCGUUAAGAUACGCUUAAGGCUUUUUGUGACCAUGUUUCCCUUUGUAGCAAUAAAACGUUUUUUACAAGAACUCUUUCCCUGGAUUAGCAAUUUUAAAUGAUUCAUCAAUUAAAUGAGUAUUUAAAAUGA